UUAUCAUAUUUGUUUCUGGAGAAUUCGUUAAUCAUUAUCUAUGGAAUCAAUUAGAAAAAUUUAUAUAAAUUUUAUUUUUGUCUGUUCUCUUGGCGGUUUGCUGAAUUCACUCUUCCGUUCCCAUCACCCAAUGUUUCAUCGUAAAUUUAUUUAUUCAUUUGAAUUUUUUUUAUUAUAAAAUUGUCAUAAAUCUUUUUGGAAUUUAUUGAAUACACAUGUUCAUUUUUAUUUGCAUCUGUGUUUCUUGUUCUGCAUAUCGUACAAGGACAAUAAUAACAACACCUCUUUCUAUUUUUUUUUUAAAAUAUAUUUCAUCAUUGUUUUGAUUUAUCAAGUUAAUUCGUAAGAAAUUUAUGCACAUAUUAUCAUCAUUCAUAACGAUUUUAUCAAUGUGAUAUAGUCAUGAUGUGAACAAGGGUGCGAUCAGAAAAAAAAAUUUAUUAUAUAAAUUUAAUUUUUCUUUUCAAUUUUGGCCAUUUAUUGGUUUUUUUCCUCUGGUUUGAAAUAUAACACAUUAAUUUUAUCAACUGUUUAGUUUGUUGUUUGUGUUUGUCGGUGCAUAGGAUAUUCAAUUUUUGUUGUUGUUGUUGUUGUUGUUAUUUUUUGAAUUCAAUUUCAUUUUUAAAAAGAUGAUUAAAUCGAUUGAAAUUGGCCCUAAUGAUAAGAAUGUAUCCGACGAAAAAGAAACAGAAAAUAUGGUAUCUAUUGCAUGGAGAAAUCUUCAUUAUGAAGCUUAUCCAUUUGGUUUAAAAAAUAUCUUCACCGGAAAAGUGAUUUUAAAACGUUUGAAUGGCCAUCUUUUAUUCAAUACAUUAAAUGGUUUUCUCGGUCCUAGUGGUGCUGGUAAAAGUACAUUAUUGAAUUGUUUGAAUGGUACACUAAGAUCUGGUCUUAGCAUCAAUACUGAAUUAUAUCUGAAUCGACAAUAUGUCAAUGAAAGGCCAAUCAUACGAUUCGUUGAACAACAUGUUCAUGAAACAAUUAUCGGUAUUAUGACUGUUGGUGAAAUUUUACGAUAUGCAUUUCGUCUUAAAAAUUCAUCAUCAUCACGACAACAAACAUUAAUAAAUGAACAUAUUGGAAAGAUUCUUGUGAAUCUUCUUCUGGAUAAAUCUAUUCUUAAUCGUCGUUUUGAUCAUUGUAGUGGUGGUGAACAGAAACGUAUUGCCAUUGCACAGGAAUUAAUGUCCAUUCGUAUGCCAUCAUUUUUGUUUGUCGAUGAACCUACUACCGGUUUAGAUAGCCAUGCUGCAUUACUUAUGAUGCGUUGUCUUCGUAAUCUUGUCGAUAAUCAUCAAAAUCAGUAUCGAUUAACAAUUCUUGCAACCAUUCAUGCACCAAAUUCGGAUAUGAUGAAUUUAUUCGAUAAAAUCUACAUUCUUGCACGUGAUGGUGUAUGUAUCUAUUCUGGUGCACCAAAAUUAUUACGUUCAAAUCUUCGUAAACAAUUGGACAAGAAUAAUGAUGAUGAAAUAGAUGACAAUAAUAAUCACCGAUCACCGAUUGAAGAAUAUAUGCGCAUCGCUUGUAAAGGUAUCGAUGAUGAUAAUGUACGUAAAUUAGCUACGAAAUGUUUGAAAAACGAAAAUGAAUUACUACAACCAUGGAUCGAUCGUAUGCAAUUUCUCGAUAAUGGCCUUUCAAUUCAAUAUAAAUCAUUCAAUUUCAAAGAUUUCAUAUACCAAUUGAUUCGAAUGUUUUAUCUAAUUUUUAUCAAACAAAUUAAGGCUCGCAUCUGUACAAUCCUAAUAUUCAUCACUCUAUUCUAUAUUCAUUCAACAAUGUUUGAUCCGAAAAUGGUUGAACCAAAUGUAUGUACAUCAAUUUUUGAUCAUGAUCAAAUCUGGCUGAAUCGUACAUGUCCACAACGAGUUAAUGAUGAUUUUUUGAUCGAUUCAUAUAUGCAUUAUCAAAGUUUUGCCAUUGCAUUUUUCGGUUAUAUAUUGAUUUCACUUAGUUCAAUUGCAUUUGGUGAAUUAAUCAAAGUCAUCAAUAAUGAACAUCGUAAUGGCUGGUAUAGUAUUGGUGUGUUUUAUUGUUCAAUUACAUUGAUACGGUUAUUAGAAUUGGCUAUACUAACCUUGUUGACAAUUACGAUGGUUUAUUGUCUUGUCGAUCAUAAUUAUGUUGAUAAUGGUCAUUUUAAUUGGAAUCGUUUUGGUCAUUUUACAUUGUUUUUCUGUCUUUUUGCAUUCUAUAUACAAUCACUUGGACAUGGGAUUAGUUGUGUGAUUAAUAAUGGACCAAUUGAAGCAUCUAUUAUAGGAAGCAUAUCGAUUUAUUUUAUAAUCAAUUCUUAUGAUGGUUAUAUGUUUAUGGCUGAUUAUCUUUAUCUACCAUUCACUCGAAUGUUGGCACAAUUGUUUGCAAGCAAAUUUAUUACACAUGGCCUAUUAUAUUCAUUCUAUGAUCUUGAUCGUUGUGAUCCGUCCACAGAAAUUUCAACCGUUCUACUCGAUUAUAAUGUUCAACCGGAACAAAUAUUUACCGAUGUCAUACAAUUAUUGGUUAUUUCUAUCGUAAUUCGUUUAAUGACAAUGAUUGGUUUUAUUAUAAGAUUUCAACAAUGGACCAUAUUUAAUCAUUCAUUUAAACGUUCAUAUAAUUUGAAUCAUAUUGAACCAAUUGAUUUCGAUGCCGAAUCCAGACAUAAUUAUUCAAAAUCACAUACCAUAAUUGAUGUGAAUAAUAACAAUAAUCAACAACGAAUAAAAACGAAAAAAGAAAUUGAAUUUGAAAAAUUCUGUCAAGAUAAAUUCAUUAUUGGUUGGCGUUCAUUAAGUUUAUUUACAACAGAUUCUCUAUAUGGAAUACGAUCUAUUAAAACCUUCCAUCCAGAUUCAUCAGAAUUAAUUUUAAGAAAUCUUAAUGGACAAUUUCGUUUCGGUACAUUGAAUGCAUUGAUGGGUACAUCGGGUGCUGGUAAGACAUCCUUAUUACGUAUAUUGAAUGGCCAGAAUAAAACACGUUUAAGUUUGGAAAGCCAAUUUUAUCUUAGUAAAUAUACACCAAUACGAACUUGUUUCAUAACACAAGAGAUUUCCGGUCAUCUUUUGCCAGGAUUAACAGCUAAACAAAGUCUAAUAUAUUCAUCUCGAUUGAAAAAUAUUAAUGAUACUAAUGUUGAUCAUGAAAAAAUGGCAAUGACAAUGUUAAAUGAAUUGGACAUUGUUUAUAUAGCCAAUACAUUAGUAACAAAAUGUUCGGGUGGUGAACGUAAACGUAUUGCAUUAGCAUUGGAAUUAACCUCUAAAAGAAUGCCAAAUUUUAUCUGUAUUGAUGAACCAACAAGUGGUUUGGAUUCAAAUUCAGCUGAAAUACUUGUAUCGUGUUUAAGGCGUAUGAGUCAUCGUCAUAAUAUAACACUUGUCGUUGCUAUUCAUCAACCAAAUACCGAUAUAUUGAUGAUGUUUGAUCACGUUUAUUUACUUGCACGUGGUGGUGUAUGUAUCUAUUCUGGGACACCUGAUCGGAUUCAUCAACAUGUUCGAUUAGUUGGAGCUUCUUCUGUUGAUUUUCCCAUUGAAGAAAUGAUGCGAUAUUCUUGUCUAAAUCAUCGUGAUCAACAAGUUAAACGUUUGGUACAAGCGACCAAUGAAGCAAUUCUUAAUGAUGAAAAAACAUUAUUCGAUAAUACACAAUUGGUUCCGGAGGGAUUAUCAGUAAAUCGUACGCGUUUUUCAUUAAAUUCCAUUGGUAUCCUCCUUCAACGACAAUAUCAUUUUUAUCGUAAUUAUCUAUGGACAGUAUUAUUGUUUUUCUAUGCAGUUUCUUUGGUAGUUAGUCUCAAUUAUCGUUUACUAUUGAAUCCCAAAAUUGCUGAACGUGAUGGUUGUAUUAGUUUUGAUGAGGAUUUCAUUGAAACAUGUAAUCGUUCGAAAGAGGAAAAAGUGGAAUUAAUUUUAAAUUAUCGUUAUAGUUAUUACAUUUAUAGUGUAAUGAUUUUCUAUCCAAUCAGUAUUAGUGCAUUAUUGUAUUAUUUUGAAUUGAAAUAUAUGAUCAAUGAACAUCGUAAUGGUUGGUAUAGUACGGGCAUUGUUUAUCUGGUUCGUUGGUCAUCGCAUGUGAUCAUCAUUUUACCCAUUGUAUUCCUGCAUUACUAUAUCACAGAUAUCUAUGAUCCAAUACGACCAGGGAUGUUUUAUUCAUUAAUGUUUGUUUGUAUAUUGGCGGCUAUUGCAUCACAAGGUCUUGGUUAUAUUUGUGGAAUUCUUUUCGGUUUCAAUCUUACCUAUCUAUGUAUAUCAUUGCCAAGUUUAUUUCUCAUAUCGAUAAUGGUCAUAUUGUCGCCAUAUUCGAAAUCAUUAACAAUUUAUCAACCAUUUAUACGAUUUAAUCCGAUUCGUUAUCUUACCGAAGCAUCCGUUAUGUUACAAUAUGGUUUUGGUCGUUGUGGUCCACGUGAAAUUCAAGUCAUUCUAUAUAAAUUGGGCAUAAAACAUGAUGAAUAUUAUUAUGAAUGUAUAUUACGUAUCAUAAUCAACAUAAUCAUCUAUCACUCGAUUGCAUUUGCAUUGCUUUAUUAUCAACGUAAAGAUUUCAAUCUUCGACGACGAACGGAAAAAAUUCAACAAUCAAUUCAUAAUCGGAAACAAUCAUUGAAUAUAAUGAUACCAGGAUUGACUUGUGAUCAUCAAUACACAAUCAAACAAUUUCGAAAUUGAUCUAUUUUAAAAAGAAAAAUUUAUUUUUAUCAUAUCAUGAAAUAUUU